AUGGACGCGGGCUGGGCGCCAGCUGCCGCUGAGGUAUCCCCGCAGCACCGUCCGGACAAGUUGGAGUGGGGUGCCAAUGUGGUCACGGUCAUGAUGCGGCAGAUCCCGCGCCACAUCACCCAGCAGCACCUCCUGCAGGAGGUGAUCGCGCAUGGCUUCGAGGGCCUCUUCGACUUCCUGUAUCCACCCACGCCGCCGCGCGCACCCGCCGCCUUCUGCGCAGGGAGGAGCCAGGCCGUCGCUUCGCCGGGGGCAGGGCAAAGACGAGAGGCACAGGGCCCAGACGCACACUGGCCUUGCUACUGCGUGGUGGCGGACCUCCCGUGGGACCUCAAGAAGGGUACCAACGUGGGGUACGGUUUCAUCUCAUUCUCCGACCCCAGAACGGCCGCGAGCUUCCGGGACGCGUUCGACGGGACCUAUUUGGGCACGCCGGAGGCGAGGACCCUCACCGGCUUCUCUGAGAAGCCGGUGAAAGUCCAUCCCGCGUCGACGCAGGGCUACCAGGCCAACUACCAGCACUUCGUGAACACCAAGACGGGACAGAAGCAGGACCCUCUGUACAGCCCCCUCUUCUUCCCGGGCAACGGCCCGAACACUCUCUCGAGGCUCCUGCACACCGUGUGCGCUGGCGACGGCGCUCCGCCCAAGCAGGCGGGCCCUCACGGCGGCACCCGCCCGAGCUUCCAGGCCGCCCUGGCCGAGGGCCUGCCCAACGACGCCCCCGCCGCGGGGCAGCUGCAGCUCGGCGGCCGCGAGGCGCUGGCCCUGCCUGAGCACGGCAGCGGCAGGACAGAGCGCCAGUUUUACAGCAUGCCGUACCUCAGGAUCCAGGGUCUCCAGAGUCGGCUAACCCCGGCAAUCCCAGAUGCCAGUUGCAGUCCCUGCGCCCUUGGUGCCUGGGUCACCAGCGAGCCCAAGAAGCUCAACUCAGCGAGCGAGCUAGCCCGAGCAG